AUGGUUUCCACCAUGUUUUCUGAUGUUGACCUGCCUUCUGCUAAAACAAUUGUGUCCACCGCAGCUUCGGUUGCUGCUUCUGUUAUGGUGGUUCGGUCAAUCACCAGAGACUUAAUCCCAUACGAGCUUCAACAAUACAUCAACUUAAGCCUUUACAGUUUCUUCAGAUCAUUCUCCCCCGAAACUAUCCUAAUCAUUGAAGAAUUUGCCGGCCUUGGAGCCAACCAAAUUUACAGGGCUGCAGAGAUUUACAUCGGCGAAAAGAUUUCGCCUUUCACCGCCAGGUUUAUGGUCAGCAUGGCGGAAAAGGAAAGCAAAGUCUCAACUUCAAUGGCUAAAAACCAAGAAAUUGUGGAUAAAUUCAAAGGGGUGCAGUUCAAAUGGAAGCAAAUUACCCGACAGUCGGAAUCCAGGAGUAGUGUCAGAUAUCCAGGCCAGAGUUCUUCCAACCAAUCAGAAACUAAGUAUUUUGAGCUUCGUUUCCACAAGAAACACAAGAAGAUGGUGUUUGAGUCCUAUAUUCCGUUCAUUCUGAAGGAAUCUAAAGGGGUGAAAGACGAGAAAAAGACUAUCAAGAUCCACACUUUGAGCAGCGAUCAUAUGCGCAGAUAUUCAGGGGAUUAUACUUGGCAUUCCAUCAAGCUUGAACAUCCAGCAACUUUUCAAACACUGGCAAUGGAUACAGAGUUGAAGAAGCUGAUAAUGGAUGAUCUUGACAGGUUUGUGAGAAGGAGGGAGUUUUACAGGGAAGUUGGGAAGGCUUGGAAACGUGGGUAUCUUUUGUAUGGUCCUCCGGGAACAGGGAAAUCAAGCUUGAUUGCAGCCAUGGCUAAUUACCUUAAUUUCGACAUUUAUGACUUGGAGUUGACUGAUAUUCAUGCCAAUUCUGACCUGAGAAGAUUGAUGAUCAAUACCGCAAACCGAUCAAUCCUCGUUGUGGAGGAUAUAGAUUGCACUCUGGAGCUGGAAGACAGAAAAGCAGAACAAGAAGCUCUCAAGAUCCUGCGUUCUAAUCAAGCCAGCCAAGCUCAAACUAUCAACAUUGUCCGGAAAAAUAAGCCUAAUCAAAUUACAUUGUCAGGAUUGCUUAAUUUCAUUGAUGGGUUGUGGUCUAGUUGUGGAGAUGAGAGGAUUAUUGUGGUAACAACAAACCAUAAGGAGCAUUUGGACCCUGCCCUGCUUCGUCCCGGGCGAAUGGAUAUGCAUAUUCACAUGUCAUAUUGUACUCCUUGUGCAUUCAGGACUCUUGCUUCAAAUUAUCUCAAGAUUAGCCAACACCAUUGUUUUGAAGAGAUCAGCCAGUUGCUGAAGGAGGUCGACGUGACGCCGGCCGAAGUUGCGGAACAAUUGAUGAGGAUCGAGGGUGUUGAUGAUGCCCUGGCGGAUCUCAUUGGAUUUCUCCACGAGAAGAAGAGGGAAGAUGAAGAAAUGAAGGCCAAGAAGUUGCAGGAAUUGCAAGAUGGAGAAGGAACAAGUGACGGUCAAGACCAAGAAAAUUAG